AUGCAAUCAUUCAUCCAACGAGGCGCAGCCUUCUUCACGCCAAGUCGCUCGGCCACCCCGGCAGACAGUCCCAAAGCCAGCGACGAGAAUGCCGCCGCCGCCGCCGAAGAAGAAGAAGUCCAGCCCGCCGAGACGCUAUUCCCCAAGGUCGACCCAGCCAUAGACGGCGAGGAGUGCCUGCACGACUGCGCCUCCUGCACAGUGAAGUACCCAGCCAAGUUCGACGUGGACCAGGAGGACAACAUGUACGGGAACAUCAGCGAGUGGGCGACGCACGUGCUCGUCGCGACGGGCAAGACGGACUGGGUGCGCGACGUGGCAGACGAGCCGGGGAGCGUGAUGGAGGCUAUCGAGAAGGGGGGGCUUGUUCCGAGCAAUGGGAAACUCAAACUCUCCGCCUCCAACAUGCCCGUCCCGGACGAAUAUCACUACCACGAACCGGGCCAGCAGCCCACCACCGUCCUCUGCCUGCCGAGCUUCACCCUCGUCGACCACGUCACGCCCGCCCUGGCGCCGGAUCUGAUCAAAUACUUCGUCAGCCGCGGCCCGACCACCACCACCCCGCUGACGGGGACCGGCACCAGCACUACCGCCCCCGACCUCGAGGAGACAGAUCUCUCGGCCCUGACCCCGCUCCGCGCCCGCCCCUGCCCCCACUCCGCCAUCAUCCUCCUCUGCUCGCACCGCACCCGCGACGCCCGCUGCGGCCAGUCCGCCCCGCUCCUGCGCAAGGAGUUCGAGCGCCACCUGCGCCACCUGAAUCUGUACCGCGACCUGGACGACGAGCGGCCCGGCGGCGUGGGCAUCUACUUCAUCAACCACGUCGGCGGGCACAAGUACGCCGCCAAUGUGAUUGUCUAUCGGCGCAGGGAGUCGGGGUGGAACGGAUCUUCUGCUGGCACUGGCGCACCCGGUGCCACUGCCGACGCGGCAGCCGAAGGCGCAGCCCAGGGGAUCUGGCUGGCCCGAGUGAAGCCGCAGGACUGCGAGAAUAUCAUCCGGUACACCGUGUUGCAGGGGAAGGUGGUCAAGCCGGCGGAGCAGUUGCGGGGCGGGUUUGAUCGGGGGACGGGGAGGACGAGUUGGUAG